AUGAUUGUUAACGUUUUCCGUGAUUGCUGCGUUGUGGCACUUGCUGCGAUGUCGAUUGUGACCCCUCUUGUAGGAACUGUGGCUCACUCCUUCACUUGGAAGCCGGUGCAAAGCUGUCAGAUGAUUCCUCUUAUGAGUCUGACAGCAGCAUGCUUGGUCGUUUGCUUAGGGUGCUCAUCAUGGUGUCGCACUGUAAACGGUACAGGGAGAUUGAGGGAGGGUAGUUUGGUCGAGCUGGACACUUCAGCCUGCACUCGGGGUUUUCAUUGUCUUUUGUCAGCCCGUGUGUUUGUCCGUUAA